ACUCAGUCCCUCACACAUUCACACCUGGUAAGUGGUCACACCUUGACACCCCCACCCUCUAUCCUCCUCUAUAUUUUGUCUUUCUUUUCGUAUGUCUGAUACGCUUAUUCCCGUGAAAAGAGAAAACCUUCCGUGGAAAUAGACGAAAUUUAAUUUUUUUACAAAAAAAACAGUUUCACCGCAGAUUUUCGUUCUAUUUCAAAGAUGGGUAUUUUGUUAUCAUUCACAUGGAAAUUGAUGGUUGCAUCGACUUUUUUUCUGACUGGCUUGGCUGCUUCAGAAUUGGAAACGUCCAAUCCUUUAACCGUUCCCGCAUCAGCUAAGACUCCCGAGGAUAGACCGCCGCCGAUUAAAUUUUCCUACAUGCAGUUUCAGUCUGUUUGCGUAAAAAUUUACGACAGUCAAAUAACUUCACGCGCUUCAGGCAACAAGAAAAUCUAUUUCUUCUCGCCGAUCGCUCUGCUAAAUCACUUGAAUGUUGCUUCUAUUUAUAACCAAACGGUCCCCAAUCAGGGACUUCUCAGUAUCAGUUUUUCAAUUUGGAAUCAGGAAGUCAAAACUAAAGUGGUCGAGCACCUGAUUCGGGUCCUCAACCAACCAGUUGAGCCGAAUCAAGUGCAAGUCUUUCCAUUCAAAAGUGUCAGACUGACCAGCACGGCGCAACCACAGGUUGAUUUCUCAUUAAAUAAUGAAUGGCUCGCGUAUAAAAAUGAGCGAUCACUCAGAUUUAGUCUGGUCUGCCCGACACGGGAAGGUUGCGAUCGUGUGAAGACUCAAAUGCACAAUAAUCCCGAACAGUUUGAACAUUUGCGACUUGAUUUCAAUAAUCCUCAAUUAAAAGACGACACUUGCAUCGCUACAAUCGCUGAUGAUGUGGAAAAUGAUUUGUCAAUACAAGUGAAAGAAUUAGCAAAAAGUUUGGAAGAAACCAAAUCGAAAUUUGCCACAGAACUGAAUGCAAUUAGGGAAGAAACGAAAAAGAAUUUUGCGGUAGCUUCACAGAUCUUAACAGAUAAAAUCAAAGUCGCCGAAGAAAAACUAACAGUAACUUUGGAGGAUUUGGAAACGACGAAAAACGAAUUAACGCUUACGAAGGCCACCGUCAAGGAAUUGUCGGUAAAAUUGGAUGAUUUGGCAGCCAUUAAGAUCACCGCCGGAAAUUUCCCAACAGUUAAAACAAGUGAAAUAGUUGACACUGAUAAAAUGCCGACCUCUUGUGAAGAUCUACAGCGAAUGGGACAACAAAUCAGCGGAAUAUUUUUGGUCAAAGGAUCGAAAAAGAUGGAAGCGAUUCACUGCAAGUUUAAUUCUAAAGACAAACAGCAAUGGAUCGGUUACGCCGACGUCAAAUCAGAACCCGUUCAUUUCUACGUCCAGAGAACUUCUUCAUUCACAAGAGAACGCGUUCCGAUUCCAUUCCAACUUGCGCGAAUCAACGAGGGAAAUGCCAUGGAUUUAAGAACGGGGAAAUUCACGGCACCGCGAAAGGGAGUUUAUUUCUUCUCGUUCACGGGACUGUUAGAGUUCCCAUCUUCAUCAUCUUUUGUUUAUUUGGGAGUUCUUCUUUAUUUGAACGGGGAACGAAUUGGUAGGGGGUUGGUUGAUGCGGUAAACACCGUCGCUGGGCAAAAUAGUCCGUUGACCCUCCAGUCGACGCUGAACUUGAAAUCAGGCGAUGAAGUCUGGGUGGAGAUUGAUGCCAUCUCAUCAAGAGUGGAAUUGUUUGACGACGAUUACCAUUACACGCAUUUCACUGGUUUCCUGUUGGAGGAGGAAAUUGUGGCGUCCCUUUGAAUUUUCUUCUAAAGGACUGUUUGUGUAAAAAUUUACUACAGCAAAAAAAAAAAAAAAAAUUAAGCAACAAGAAAAUCUAUUUCU